CAGUAGAUGUCGGGCUAGCGCGUUGGUUAGAUGCGGGUAGGAGCGCUGUACGAUUUGAGACCAAUAAGGCCUCAUGCAGCAUUCUCCAACCGAUAUCAAGGAUAGAUUAUUGAGAGGGCUAGACGAGGAAUACAAUGUUGUGGACAUGGGAGUCGUCGCAGAGGUCAUUUCUAUCUUGGAAAAGAUGCCAAUCACAAAAGAGGCCCUUGAGGUCACGAGAUUGGGGAAAUGUGUCAACUUGCUGCGAAAAAAAACAGACUGUGAGUCGUUGGCCAAGCGGGCGAAAAAUUUGGUCAAACGUUGGCGUAACCUAGUUGACUUAAGUGGUGCUUCACAACAGAACGGUGCUGCCGUUGAGAAAAGCGUCAACCCUCAUGAACCUCUAGUGGAAUCCGUACCGCGUACACAUGCAGCCAAUAAGCGUCUCAGAAAAGCGGAAGAUGACUCUUGUGAAACUUAUGAGCCACAGAAGAAAAAGUCUCGAAUCAAUGGACUGACGCGCAGUCAACCUGUGAUAGCCAAUGCAGAAGGUGAGUGCAGCCGGCGUGAAGAACCUGUACCUGUAGAAUACUUUCCACCGGCAGAAGUGCAAGUGCCUCAAGACCCUCCCAUGGAGCCUCCACCUGGCCCUAAGAAGCGUGGCCGCAAAAAAGGCUCUAAAAACCGAAGCACGCUUCUCAAAGCUGCAGGCACGGUCCCAGUCGACGAUGAUCCAAUCAAAGAGAAGAUAGCAUCAAUAUCCCGCACACCCAAGGUCAAAACCACCCAAGAACUUGUUGCAAUGCUUGGUUCCAAAACGGGCGAGCUGGAUGUUAAUGUUGUGCCCAAGGACCGAAGUUCUAGUCUUAAAAAUAGUUUGAAAAAAGAUCAAAGUCUUUCCAGUAAAUACUUAAGUCAAGAAGACAUCCCAUCAACGCCAGAUAAGCCUAGUUCACCAAUAAUAAUUGAUAAUGAUAGUCCUACAAUAGAGAAAUUAGAGCCACCUCCUGAAGAUCCCCCACCUAUUCCUCCGCCCAAAUUUAACACCGUAGAAGAAAUACUGUCACAGUUGCCCCCUAUUGACAUUGAUGCCAUAUCCUGGGAUGAAACACCCGUGCCUUCUCCGCCUGCAAGUCCAGUUGUGACUGUCGACGAUUUAGAGCGUCUUCAUGGUGAGUGUGUUGAGGGUCUUAACGGAGUGUGGGAGCACUCUGCACCUCCAGCACCACCGCAGAGUGAAACAUUUCGAGAGUGGCAGGAAAUGGUUCACCGAAGAUCCUACCACAACGACUUGCUUCGAAUUUUGCCUUACACAGUGAUCGAUUAAGCUUUUUUACCAAGUUUCGUUUGUUUUUUUUUCUUCUUUUUUUUCUUGGUCGUAGUUUACUCCCAUCUGUUUGUUGCUCUCUGCGUUUGGAUCUUGUACUUUUUCAAUUCCCAAUAUCUUCAUUUCAAGAAAAGAAUCCCUUGUCCUCCAUCAAACCUAGUUCUAGCUUUUGAGCAUGUGUAAACUACUUUCAAAUGUAAUGAUUCUCGUUUUCGAGACCCAAAUUCAAAAAAAUUGACCAACUCUUCAUUUUGGAACUGGGAAGAUAAAUUCAUAUUUUUUUAAGGUUGGAGAUCAAGGAGAACAUCUUUGAGAAGAUUAGAUGGGGAAAAGGAAUUAGCAGAGAUAGUAAAAUCCUUUGAAAUCUUACACUAGAUAUAACCUCAAUUCCAGCUUAUAAAAAGAGAAUUUAACGUGAAGGAUUAGAACUCUGCCCUAGACCUUGCCAUUUAUUUUGUACCACAAAAAAAUAACUGAUCAGGUGCUUCUCAGCCCCUUAUUAUUAUCAUUUUAGGAUUUACUUUUAAAAUAUUCAGGGAAUGAUUGCAUUUAAGGGGGAGCUUUACUUCUCAGAAUUUGGCUCUUAACUUUUUUAUAUGAUGUUGUUACUUUUCUCCUGAGAUUUCAUUCAUUAAAAAAAAAAAAAACAGUGAAUUGAACUGUUUAAGCAAUUUAAUACAUCCCUCAACUUUGUCCAACUACAAAAAAUCUGCUUAAAAUCUGCUUCAUACAACAAACAAAGGUACCAAAUAGUGUGCUGAGCCUUCGAGAUGCCUGCAGAAUGAUUUUUCCGUUUUAGCAAAAGUCUUUGGAGCCUCAACCUUCAAUUACGUUAAUGUUGUUGUAGGACGUUUUAAUGAAUUUUGUAUCACUUAGCACCCACAGAAAAUCUAUCAAGGGAAUAUAUGCUGUGAUAUCACUUGUUUUACUUUUUCUCGGCGAUGUUAAGUUAGUUAUUAUAAUGUACUCUGCAGAUUCUAUCAAUAAUUGUGCUGCUACAAACAUUGAUUCUGCAAUUUUAAGUCUCAGACCUUGAGUAAUACCUCGAUUAACCGAUGAUUUGUGGCAGAAGCCUGAGCUGUAUACAGAAAAUUGAUAAAAAAACAAGAAAUAAGUGUGGAAAAAACAGAGAAAAUAAUAAAGAAAAUGAAGGCAAAACAUUAAAAGUCAGGCUUAUAUAUGUCUCAUUGUAGCGUUCAAUAGGUGGAGCAUCAAAUAAGUGAUGAGUAGAUAAUCUAGGUAUUACUGUAGAACACAAUAGUCAAUGAGAAUCUUACAGUUAUUUUCAAACGUUUCUGACAUUCACUAAAUUGUUUUCAGCAAAUAAUAGUAGCUAAACUGAUUUUUUUAGUAAUCAAAUGAAAAUACUUUACAUUAGUUUAAAAACUGAGUAAAGUAAAUAUUUGUAUUUAUGAACACUACUCCAGCCCAAUCGCAUAAAACCUUCUGGAGAUACAGUUUUUCGAAGUUAAUUGUUAAUUUACAUCUUGGAAUAUAAUUUGGAGUGUUGGAGUAAACUUACCAAAUAAUGUUAAAGAUGAUUUUGCCAUUUUGCUGCAACAUGUUCUCUCUCAAAAAGUGUAAAUGAUCUAUGUAAUGUGCAGUCCUACCACAGAAAGAAGCAUUUCAAUCACAAUUAUUUUGAUCAUUAGUCACAGAAAUCUUAAGAAGAAUCAGAACAGUUCUUCAAAAUCUCACCUAAAGCUCUAGAUGUUAGUUAAACAUUUUCUUAACAAAGAGCACAGAACCAAUUCAGAAAGAAAAAGAUUCAACAGAAUGACUGAAAAAACGCAAUGCGCAACAUUCAGAUGGCCAUCACUCGGUUUUGUUAAAGUUUAAAAAAGGAAGAAAUGUAAUUGUUUCUGUUUAUAUUUUUUUAGUUACUACUUGAGUAAUUGUUUAAUUAUUUUUGAAAUGUACAGUGUACAGUCGACAUUUUUUAGAAAUAACCUCUAUCGCGUCUUUUAAGAGGCCUUGCUCAUCAUCAGUUUCAGAGGAUGAAUAUAAUUUUAAACUCAUCAUUUUCUAUCCUCAGUUUAUCCGGCAGAAUCUCUCUCUUUUUUCCUCCAUUUUUCAAGUAGGGUUGCUGGAAUAUUCUGUUUCUAUUCAAUAAGCUUUUGAAGACUGGUUCUUCAACUUCAAACUUGAAGAAAAAUUUCGUCAAGUCUCUGGUAGUGAUAAUCAAUGCUCAAGUGCAGAUUCUAUUUUAUUAUUCGUUUGAGUUUGAACCAAAAUUGAGGCAUUAAGUGUGAAAAGGGCUCUUUUCGGUCUCCAAUAUUGUAAUGAGUUGCAUUGGUCAAAUUUUUGAGUUCAAUUAAGCGGAGGAAACUUCUUUUAUUGUGAUCAUUUAUGGACCAUCACAUCUGCAUGUUAUCACUACAUCUUAAUUUUAUACUUAGGCAUGUUCAUUCCAUUAAUGCAGUUGAGAUGUAGGGUUCAUUUUUUACUCCUGAGGUUCAUCUCUUCACAGUAACUUUAAAUCGAAGCAGUGAGUUAGUUUAAGGGCAGUCCUUUUUUUUCCCCCCAGUCAUAUGCAUCUAUUUGUUCAGCUCACUAAUAGGCCAAAUUUUACACCAAGUUUGUAUAAGUUGUUUUGCCGGUGGAUCAUGAAAUUUUAACAAAAGUAACGUAAGAGAAAGAAAUUCUUGAUACUGGCACGCUGUGCGUGAAAAGAGAAAGUUCAAACAAGAAAAUGCUUAAAAAAAUUUCAAGGAGGAGACGCACUGUGAAUUUAAUGCUCUUCUAUUUUAAUAUGUCAACUUUCUUCAGGUCUAUUUCAAAAGAAAAAACGUGAAGCUCUUUGCGCACCAGUCUAAUAAUAGUCCUGUAUUUUUAAUUUUGUUUGCACCCAAUAAGCGUUUUGACUGAGAAACAACCAGCUCAAAACCACCAGCAAUUACUCCCUUUUACAAUAAGCAUCAGCACUUUUCUAUCAAAUUCCAUCCGCAUUAAAUUUUUAUUUUGCAAUCUUUCUUUGCUAGAUUUUUUGUGCUCCUUGUCAGUUUGAUCGCAAAUCAUCUUAUCAUCUUUGUAUUCUGAACCUUGUUAAAUCUCUCCCGUAUCAUCCAAAUCAAAGAUAUGUACUUUGCAUUUGCCUCCUUUUUUGUGCCUUUCCUAAAACGGCUCGUUGAUCUCUACUCUGAGAGCUUGACUGUCAGACGUAUGUGGCAUCUUCAAAUUUUAAAUUUUUCGCUAUGUUUAGCUGCCACCGAACAGUAAUCACAUUUCUGUACUCCAACAUUAUCUUGCUGGAAUCAAUGACUGUUAAUACUUUUCAUCGUGAACAAUUUUGGUGAAGUACUUGGAGAAUUAUGAUCUUGUUCCAAAGAAUUUUUCCUUUGAAGAAUAAUGCAAAAAGAAAAUACUUUUAUCAUGACAAAAGUACAACGCCAGAAAUGUAUUUCUGCGUUCUGAUUCAGACCAAUGGAGUUUAUAUUCUACCUGUAAUUAGUGCUGCAAAAUAGUGAAUUUUACUCGCGGAGAAUAUGCCUGGAUAACUUUAAUGUUUUUAUCAAAAUUAAAUUAUUUUAAAAUUUGUUUCAAAAUAAUUUUACUAUCAUGGUUAUCGUAAGAGUAGACAUAAGUUCAUACUUACCACUUCAAAACUGGUGAAUAUCAAGAGGUAAACAUUUUCUCUAUCACUGAAGCAUGAAUAUAAUGGAAUUCCUUUUUCUUUGCGACUAUCUUAAUACUCUUCCAAUUCGUUGGCCCAUUUUCAUUGUACGACCGAGAGCCCAAUGACUCAACUCCCAACACGAAGGACUAGUGUUCGAAUUCUGAGUGCGCCCUCCUAGAUGAUUGCCUUAUGGCUGAGAGCCCAAUCCACUCUUCCUAUGGGUAUCUUAUGCGCCUAAAAGCAGGCAACCUAUUCUAAAAUCGCCUCUGAGGCAGGGACAAGCAGCUAAAGUCUGCAGGACUUAACCUGUGACAUUACAGAUCCCCAUUUGGUCAAAUACGGUCAUUGCAUGACUUUCAGUUCUUAAUUGAGUAACUCUUUUUUCUGUAAGAGACUUUGUUACCAUCAAAAUUUUGUAUUGUUUGUAAAACUCGAUUUACGACUAAAUAGCCAGGGUAAGCGUUGACGUAGAGGUACAUAUUUGUUGUAAAAUAUUUUAUUUUAAAAAAAGAAUGUCUCUCAAUCAUAAGUUCACGUCUAUUUUUUUAUAAAAUUAGUGGAAUAGGUUUGGCACUUAAAUCGUAAAGAAAGCCUCUCAAAUUUAAGCAAAUGUUCUUUUCAUUUUACACUCUCAGUCUAUAGGGAAAUUAUUUUGCUAUCGUAAAACAAUGGACUGUGUAGUUUAUAGACAUUACUCUUUUUUACUUUUCAUACAACCAUUUAUUGAAAUGUUCCUGCUAAGUCCUGGUUUUUGUUUGUAUUUUUUGAAAGUAUCAUACCAGUUUCCCAUAUUAGGUAAACUAUCUUCAGUUUUCAGAAACCGAAGUUUUUGGAAUCGUGUUUCGACUAUUUCAAGAUGCUUUCUAACUUUUGAUACGACUUUAAACCGCCAGCAAGUCACGAAAAGUCAUUACCCUCACUGCUCAUAAAUUGGUCCGAAAAUUUUGAUUUUACGGAACCCGAAAAUUUUGAUAUGUACCUAUUUGUUUCUACCAUAAUCCCUGAGACUUGAAUGUGUCCUUGCAACACUAUAAAAAUGUGAUUUUUCAAAAAGUAUCCUGCUCUGGAGAUAAUGGUAAUACUUUAAUUGUAUGUUUUGUUUCAAUUUUGUUAUUCUUCAUCUUUGUUUUCUGUAUGAUAAUUAUUUUGAUUUUCCUUUUUUUAAUUUAUUUUAAUUGUUAGUAUGAUGUAAAAUAAAAUUUGUGUAUUUUUUUCUUUGGUAUCUUAAGAUGGUAAUAAAUUACAUUUAUUGUA